AUGAUGAGCUCCAUUACGCGCAUUUUUGAGCAGUCGUUACCAGAAGGUUUGAGUGCAGCUGCCGCGACUUCGCCAAGCGAAGAGGGAGGCGAUACGUCCGAACCACCAUCAUUAUCUCUGCCAUACACACUUACAUCUGGGCCCUUUGCCGGCCUUGAGGUGCCGCACGCAUCCGCAGCCGCCAAUGCGUCGUUUGUCCAAAGCGCUCUCGUUGAUACGUAUCUCAUCACACAUCCGCACCUCGACCACAUUUCCGGCUUUGUCAUCAACACAGCUGGCCUGCCCGGAGCACGGCCAAAGCGAUUGGCCGGCCUCCCAUCGACGAUCUCUGCCUUCAAGACACACAUCUUCAACAACGUGAUCUGGCCGAACCUCUCGGACGAGAACAACGGCGCCGGCCUUGUCACAUUUAUGCGUCUCGUCGAAGGCGGCUCGCCGGCUCUGGGUGACGGAGAAGGCCGUGGGUAUGUCGAGAUCAGCGACGGCCUGGCCGUCAAGAUCUGGGGCGUGAGCCAUGGCCAUUGUAUUGAACGGCACAGUCACCGGGGCAGCGGCUCAAAUACACGAUUCGGAAGCAUGGAUGCGGGCAGUGGCUCCUUGAACGCCGGUGUCCUCAGUCCUCGUCUCGCGUCCCACCAACCAUCGUCUUCCUCGCCCCUCGUGCCGCUGUCAAUACAACCGCAGCUGCAACAGCAGCAGCAGCAGCAGCAGCAGGUGCCCACACUCCCGGGCCAGCAGCCCUCACAACAGCCGCCACCGUCCCAGCAGACAACACCAUUGCUUGGGCCACAGCGACGGGAAAGCUUGGCUCUUCUGUCUGGUGGCAGUAGUGUCGCUGCUGCACGCCAGGGCAGUCUCGGUGGGCUGAUGCCACAAGCAGCACAAGGCGAAAGCAUAUGCGUCUACGAUUCGAGCGCCUACUUUAUCCGCGAUGUGAAGACGGGCCGGGAGGUGUUGAUGUUUGGUGACGUUGAGCCGGAUUCUAUCUCGUUGUCACCACGCAACGGCCUUAUUUGGCAAGAGGCUGCGCCCAAGAUUGCGGCUGGCAACCUCGCCGCCAUCUUUGUCGAGUGCAGCUACGACGACUCGCAGCCGCUGGACCGCCUUUACGGCCAUCUGACGCCCCGGUUUGUGGCCGAAGAGAUGGCCAACUUGGCGGCGGAAGUUGCUCAUGCGCGCAUCGCCCACCAACAACAGCAGGCCGAGAUCCAGGAACAGCAAAAGCAGUACCAGCGGGACCGCGACCGCGACCGCGACCGCGACCGUGACCGCGACGGCCGGAAACGCAAGCGCUACGGAGGCGACGACGACCGCAUGAGCAUCAGCAACACCUCUCGGACUGCUAGUCACAGUCGCCGCAAGACAGAGGCCUUGGAAACGGCUCCCGGCGAGAGCGCAUCAGAAGCAGCGCCAGCGGGCCAUGUGUCCAUCGAAGUGCCUUCAGUACCAGAAGACCCUGUUUCGCCGAGAACCGUGAAGCCGGUACGGGUGGUGGUUGCUUCGUCCACAGAAAGCACCAGCGCUGUGCCGCCACCGACUGUCCCUGCCAAAUUGAGCAGCGACGCAUUGCAGGCCGAACCCGUCCAUAUGGCAACGCCAGCAACACAACCUUCCCUCUCGGACGCGGACCCCUCACUGCCGUCGUUGGACGACGACCUCCUGCAGGCACCAUCCACAGCGCCAACAUCGAUUCCCGACGUUACAUUGGCGGUACCGUAUCAACCACAAACAGAACCGCAGCCGCUGCCUCUCCAGGGCCUCAAGGUCGUGAUUAUUCAUGUCAAAGAAAAGCUGCGGGACGGGCCGCCUGCGGGCGACAUUAUCCUGGACCAGCUGCGAGAGCACGAGGCGUGCAACCCGCUGGGCUGUGAAUACAUUAUUUCUUAUUCAGGCCAGAGCCUCUUUUUCUAG